AUGACGACCUCUGUAGUCCCCUUCAACCGGCUGGUGAGGCUAGCCGCGCGUGCGUUCUACGACGAUCUCCCCGCCGCCGGCGGCCAGCAGCACGCGCAGGGCACGGCCGUCGUCGUCCUCGACGCCCUCACCAGACGGGACGGGCAGUGGGUCCGCGAGGACGACCUCGCCGCGUCUCUAAGGCUGCAGCCCAAGCCGCUCCGCCGCGUGCUCCGCUACCUCGAGGAGGACAAGAUAGUGUCGAGGGACCACCGGAAGGAGCCGGCACCGGCCAAGCCAGCCGCCGGUGUCGCCGAGGAGGGCGACGAGAAGGAGAAGGUGAAGCUGCAUGUGAAGUCCUACUGCUGCCUGGACUACGCGCAGGCCUGCGACGCCGUCAGGUACCGGAUGCACCGCAUGAGGAAGAAGAUCAGGGACGAGCUGACGGCGGACAGCAGGGCCACGAUCCAGCACUACCUGUGCCCUGACUGCGGGAGGAGGUACUCGGCGCUCGACGCCCUCCGGCUCCUCGCCGAGGACUGCCAGAGCUUCCGCUGCGAGCACUGCAGCGGCGAGCUGGUCGUGGAGAAGGCUGCCACGAUCGCGACCGACGAGGCCGGGGACGGCGGCGAUGAUGGCAGCCGCGCACGGAAGCGUAGGCGGCUUGAGAAGCUGCAGGACAUGCAGCGGAGGAUGGAGGAGCAGCUGGAGCCGUUGCAGGCGCAGAUCCAGAGGGUGGAGGGCCUGCCUGCUCCAGAGUUCAUGAGCCUGCGGUCAUGGCAGAAGGAAAAUAAUGUCGCUGCAGCAGCUGCAGCUCCAUGUCACCGGGACCCGGAGGUUGAACUUGGAGUAUUAUUGCACGGUGCAGAUCAGUCUGGCACGGUCAGUGAUUCAGCACCGAAGGUCUUUCCUCCAUGGAUGGUAAAACUAGGCAUGGAUCAGACCGGUGGGAAAGCAAGAUCGGAAGGAAAGUCGGAAGGCGAGGAUGAUAAAAAGAUGAACUCGAAUGAAGAAGAAGAAAAGCAGCGUAUACUGCUGGAACAGGAAUACGCCAAGGCUUAUUAUGAAGCCCUUCUGAAGCAACAGCAGCUGGGCGCGAAUGUCAAACACGAGGACGAACAGCAGCUGGGCACAAAUAUCAAACACGAGGACGAACAACAGCUGGGCACAAAUAUCAAACACGAGGACGAUGAAGACGUGGAGGAAGAAGCUGGGAUUGAGUGGGAGGAUGGCGAUGCUGGGAUUGAGCGCUGUACAACCGAGCUCAACGCAACGCCGACGACCACCGGGGAAGCUCCACUGCAGAUCCAUCGCAGCACCGCGGCACGAAAAAAAGCUCCGACGCAGCACCGCCGGCGUCCCGGCGAAGCUCCAUUGCCGCCCCCGCCGUGCUCCAUUGCAGCCGCGGCGGAGCUUCAUUGCAGCCACCGGCGCGUGGCGUUCCGACGAAGCUCCAUUGCAGCCACCGGCGCGCGGCGUUCCGACGAAGCUCCAUUGCAUCCCCGGCUGCGCUCCACUGCAGCCGCGGCGGAGCUCCAUUGCAUCCCCGGCCGCGCUCCACUGCAGCCGCGGCGGAGCUCCAUUGCAGCUGGCGUGGUCCGUUGCAGCCCCCUGGCACGCUCCAUUGCAACCCGGCCGGCGGCGGCGGGAGCUGCGAUGCAGCUCCGCUGGAACUUCAAUGCAACCGCGGCGGAGCUUCAACAACCUCGCUCCCUUGCGGCGGCCAUGGCGGGCGCUACGACAUAA